AAAAACCACCAUGGCACCCCAGUCUCUCACUGUCCAGUUCAAGAUCCAGGCUUCGAUUUUGCCAGAAAAGUUUCAAAUUUUCUCGGAAAAUCCCAAAACUUUCCAUCACUUUCCAUUCUUCAUUUCGUGCUUUGACCAUUCAGCUCCCCACUUGAACAUCAAGCGCACGGUACCACCCUUCAUUCUGCAGAAUCACAUUCAAAAUCCAAACUUUCGUCCUCCCAGAAACAUCCUAAAAUUUUCCGGGAAAUUUCCCAAAAAUUUUCUUCACUUUCCCCCCCUAGUUUUCCAUGGCAAUUGCCUGGAAAAGAAACCAACCAACAAAACUCCUCAAUCCCAAAGCCCUAAUUUUAUUCCUCUCGGCCUCUUUUAUCCUCCUCACCUUCCUCCACCUCUCCUCCCAAACCCAAGACCCUAAUCCUGAAGCUCGCAAAACCCUCAAAGAAAUAAUUUCUGACCGUUUGAUCAAACCCUUUGAUUGCUAUAAUUCACCUCAAGCCCACCCAGUAAUUGCCAGCAUUGUUGAAGGCCUCAAAUACCCAUUUCUUUAUUCUCUUUCCGAUUUCGGAAAUUUACCCGAAAAGCCCCACAAGAAUAUUGUUAGGGUCUUGAAGGGAAAACCCUUUAGAAAACCUGAUAUUUCUGUGACUGUUCAGGAGGUGUUGGAGAAGAUGAAGGGUGAUGGUAAAAUGGGAAUUUUUGUGGAUGUUGGGGCUAAUGUUGGAAUGGCAACAUUUGCCGCCGCGGUUAUGGGGUUUAGGGUUUUGGCAUUUGAGCCGGUUUUUGAGAAUUUGCAAAGAAUUUGUGAUGGAGUGUACUUAAAUAAGGUGGGGGAUUUGGUGGAGGUGUUUGAGGCUGUUGCGUCUGAUCGGAUAGGGAACAUUACGUUUCACAAGUUGGUUGGCCGGCUCGACAAUAGUGCAGUGUCAGCCAGUGGUGCAAAGAUGGCAUUUAAGUUCAAUGAAGAAAUUGCACUUCAAGUAAGGUCCAUUCCCCUUGAUGAAGUGAUCCCGGAGUCUGAAUCUGUGCUUUUGCUCAAAAUAGAUGUUCAGGGCUGGGAGUAUCAUGUAUUGAAGGGAGCCUCAAAGUUACUGUCAAGAAAGAAAGGUGACGCCCCGUACCUAAUCUAUGAGGAAGAUGAGCGGUUGUUACAAGCCAGCAAUAGCAGUGCAAAAGAGAUCAGGGAUUUCCUCCACACUAUGGGUUACCAUCAUUGCACACAGCAUGGUACCGAUGCACACUGCAUCAAGCAGGAUUGACAAGGUUAUUUUCCAAAUGACUUGGACAGAGCCUUGCUGCAUUAUUGCAGUUCAUUUUUUUCGUAUUGAAGCUGUGAGAUGGAUUUAGCUGAUUAGUGACAAAAAGUUCUUUCUGGUGUGUUAUGAUUGGAGUAGUUGGAGGUCCUAGAGAUACCACUAUGCCAAGAGUUUCUGCUAGCUUCUCACUUGCCCUGUGACACUGACUGAUGAGGAUUCGCUAUGCUUCCAAAUGGGAAUACAGGUUUACAAGAUAGCGUGAUGACCCUGCAAUGGAAAUAGUAGCUGUGUUGCUUGUUAGCAGUUUUCACUUGGGUUUUUCCUGGUUGUGAAUUUGUUGGCUUCAACAGUAAGAGACCUUACUUAUUCAUUGAUCCUCCUGAUGCUUGAAGAUAUUGAUUUUGAAUUUUCAGAAAUGAUACAAUUUUUUUUUAGUAGAAGAUCCCA